AUGCUGAAAUUCUCCCUGUACCUGAAUAUUGAUGAUUCCUUAAACAGUGAUAUUCAUUCAUGGCUGCUUUUUGCAAUUGAAAAACAAGUGGAGGAGGUGUCUAUAGAUUUGAAUGGUUGGUAUUUUAAACAUGUUGCACCUCAGCGUUUGUAUUCUUGCUCGUCUAUUACAAAAUUAUCCCUUUCUUUUCUUAACCUGAAACCUGAGGACAAGGUGCAGUUGAAUAAUCUCAAGAGUUUAACCAUUAGAGUUUACUAUUCCUUGAGCGUAGACGCCAUGAACCAAGUCAUUUCUGGUGCUCCUCACUUGGAAGAGCUGAUUUUGACCUAUUGGGAAAUUGGUGAAAACUUGAACAUCAGAUCCACAAGUUUGAAGACGCUCAAAAUCGGCCAACAUGCUUGCAAUGUUGGUGAGACUGCAGUGCUUAGAAUUUGGGCUCCUAAUCUUGUGACUUUAGAAAUAUUAGGUCUAAAUGGUGGUGGUUGUUCGUUGUUUGUCCCUUCUUUGACUCAUGCAAUUCUCUCUUUGAAAGAGAAUGAUUGGACGUUCAAGCCUUUUCGAAUAAUUAAUCAAGUUUUUCGAAGCAUAAGCCAUGUUGAGGAGUUCACUUUAUCAGAAUGGUGCAUUAAGUUUCUUCUCUCCAUGGAGAAUAGAAAUAUGUAUGUGCCCUUAUCAAAUGCUAAGUUUCUAAAAUUCUAUGUUCGUGAAGCCGAAGAAAUUCUUGAUGUUUUUGUCAUUUCUCCCAAGCUUAUGCAUACAAUCGUCGAUCAACGUGAUAAUAAGGAUAAUUCUUAUUUGGUAGUUCAAGGGCCUGAGCAGCUCGAUACGGUCGAUUAUGAUAAGGCUUUUUUCCGCAGUCCUUCACUUCUCGAACUAAAGACAGUUGAUAUUACUUGGUCUGUAGGUGAUGACUCCAUAUUCCGAGUAAUGGAAUAUCUGUUGGAAAACGCUCACAAGCUCGAAAAGAUGGUGCUUCGACUAAUAAUGGAGUACGGAUAUAAGCCAGAGACGUUCGUUUUGGCAGAAGAGAAGGUGCGGAGCAUGUCGAGAUCCUCACCUUCUGUGCAACUCAUUAUAACCAAGAUUUGA